CACUUUUUCGCGGCGCCGGCCGAGGCGCCCGGCUGUUGCUCCCCUCGGGAGGCGCGGAGAUGCUUCGCGCUGGGCUGGGAAGAAGGAGCCGGCGGUAUGGCGGCGGGCUGUGGAGGAGCCCGUGCCCUGCCUCGCCGCGCCGCCCCGGAGCCCUCAGCACCGCCUCCCCUCGCAACAGCGGCGGGGCGCGGGGCGGAGGCGCUGCCCCGGCAGGUUCUAGUAAUGUAAAGCCAUUGGAUGGUGUGAAAAUUCUUGAUUUAACAAGGGUGCUUGCAGGGCCCUUUGCCACAAUGAAUUUGGGAGAUCUAGGGGCUGAGGUUAUCAAAGUAGAAAGACCAGGAGCUGGUGAUGAUACAAGAGCCUGGGGCCCACCUUUUGCUGGAACAGAAAGUGUUUAUUUUCUCAGUGUCAAUAGAAAUAAAAAGAGUAUAGCUAUCAACAUGAAGGAUUCAAGAGGAGCAAAGCUAAUCAGAGAGCUUGCAGCGGUGUCUGAUGUUUUUGUGGAAAACUACAUUCCUGGGAAACUGGCUGAAAUGGGUCUGGGUUAUGAAGACAUGAAAAAGAUUGCUCCUCACAUAGUGUACUGUUCAAUAACAGGUUAUGGUCAGACUGGUCCAAUGGUUCAGAGGGGUGGAUAUGACUCCAUUGCAGCUGCCGUUUCUGGUCUCAUGCAUAUCACAGGGCAUGAGGAUGGUGAGCCAGUUAGACCAGGAGUAGCCAUGACAGAUCUUGCUACUGGGUUGUAUACAUACGGAGCAAUUAUGGCUGGUUUACUUCAGAGGUAUAAGACGGGGAAAGGACUGCACAUUGACUGCAAUCUGUUGUCAUCUCAGGUUGCAUGUCUCACUCAUGUAGCAGCUAAUUACCUUAAUUGCAAAAUUGAAGCAAAACGCUGGGGUACUGCUCAUGGGAGUAUCGUUCCAUAUCAGGCUUUUAAGACCAAGGAUGGCUACAUCGUGGUGGGAGCUGGAAAUGAUCAGCAGUUUGUCACUGUGUGCAAGAUCCUGAAUUUACCUGAAGUUAGUAAUGAUUCCAGAUACAAAACUAAUACACUCAGAGUCCAGAACAGAAAAGAACUUAUUGACAUAUUGUCAACCCGGUUUUCAGAAAAAGCAACGAUCGAAUGGUUGCAGCUCUUUGAAGGUAGCGGGGUUCCAUAUGGCCCAAUCAACAAUAUACAGCAAGUAUUCUCGGAUCCUCAGGUGCUGCACAAUGGACUUGUGAUGGAAAUGAAUCAUCCAACAGCUGGGAGGAUAGCUGUUCCAGUUUGCAGAACUGAAGGGGCCCGUAUCCAGUACAAUGCUACAAAGAACAAACAUUCAUUAACGUUUUGUAAGUCUUCAGCUUUUUAGACUUGAAACUCAGAUUUAAAGUGUGAAGUUCAUUCCAUGAACAUUUAUUGAACCUGGCCUUUUCCGCUACAUGUCUAUUACUCACCAUCAUAAUUAGAAUGUCCCUGCAAUGGGUCUAAAUGUUUCUGUUAAUGCUUUCCACUUCUGUCUGCAUUCUUUUCAUAUUGUUUCCUGCCAUUAAUGCUAUAAAAAUGUCAGCCACAAAUACCAGAUUCCUAAUGGAAAAGCAAAACAAACUAAAACCACAGCCAGCGCCACAGCUGAGAGAUAUUAUUUUUCCCUGAUACUCCAAAUUGUUACUAGGCAAACAAUUAAUUGAGGUUGCAUAUGCAGUGUACAUUAUUAACUAAGUUAUGUACAUUGUUCAUGUACAGAGAUCAGAAUUACUGAGACUCACAGCAACUGUUACAGAGCAGUUUCUUGCAUACGUGGGUUGCCUGAUGAGAGAAAGAUGGUCUCCUCUUUAAAUGAGAGGGCCACAAUUUGUGCUUGUGGCUUCUCCUGCUCUUGGAAAAACACCUUAAUUUUUAGUUUAAGAUAUAAUGGGGCAACCACUACUUCUUUAGUAUCCUCAGACAUGAAGAUGUUUAAUGAAUUUACACUUUUAAUUUGCUACAAGUUCCUGAGAGGUAGAAGGCCCAGCAGAGAGGAUCUAAAACUGAUUAUCUAUUGUUAGUGCAAGAUGGGUGUUUCUUGUAAUGUGUCAGCUAAUUUGUACAAUGCAGUAAGUAGCCUCUCUGGUUUUGUUUUUUUUUCUCAUUACUUAAACCUUUCAGAGCUUCUGGCUGUUCUUAAAUGCAGUUAUAUGAAACAUUUCUAAUUAGAGACUAUAGUUUAUUGAUAUGAAACUGGUGAGGAAGUUAACUUAGAAAUCUGAAUUCUGUGUAGGACAUAUUAAUUGUGGCAGUGAAGUUCUCCAUAUAUUCAUGAUGAUACAUAUGUUUGGAGAACAGAUCCCCUUAUGUGCUGUUCCCUAAGCAUAAGUCAAAUAGAAUAAGAAAGUAGACCCUUCCCCAUGGAGUUUGUAAUCUUAAGUGUAAUAUAGGAGAAAACAAAUUGAUAAAGAUCGUGAAGAACCAGUGAGACAAUACUAGUCGGCAUACAGCAAAUGGUCGUAGCUCUUCAGUCAAGUUUGUGAUGAAUAUUUUAGUAACUCAUUGAAGACUAGGUUUCUGAGAAACCCCUGAGUUGUUUCAGUUAGUGAAGUUAAAGGUGCAGGAGAGAAAGGCUAGAUGUCUGUCCGUUACCCCCUGGGUACUUUGCCAAUAUAUUCUGUAACUCUCUCCCAUAAAGCUGUUUGGGGAUAGUGUGAGGUGCAAAGAGCAUGUCCUGUCUCAUAGGAGUUCAGCAUAGAAUUUGAAUUACGGUGAAAAACUGAACAUUUUUUAUCUAUUUAUUCCAACUUCAAUUUGAAUAAAUAUAUUUUGAUAUCCUUUGCUGUAUUUUUGAGGCUCUCUACUGUUACAUAGUUCAAUAGUGUAAAUUCAGCAUGUAAACUCUUCAAAUUAAGGGUUGUUUUCUUCUAAUUGUGCAGCUUUGGUUCAGCUGAGCCUCUGUCUAGAUUAAAAACAAUAGCAAUAACUCAAAAUAAGUAUGUACUCUGAAGAUGCUUUUAAAUGUUCCAUUUUUUAAUGAGAAAGUGAUGGAAAAUGGCAGGAGGUUCAGAAUACAAUGGAUCCACUAUGCUUCCCUGAUUUAACUUUUUUUCUUCUUCUUCUGAACCCCUCGGUGGUGAUUCUGCAAGCGCUGCGGCACAGGAACGGACGAUGACUGGAGAGUAGCCCUGUUUAUUAACAAAGCUCCAUUGCCCGUGGAGAAGCUGCGCUGAGACAUGCUGCGCCAUGAUCGGAUUUCAUCCAAUGCAAGUGUCAGGUCAAAAUGCAGGGUUUGAAAAGUGAUAAUAAUUAUACAAGCAGGUAGCUGAAAUACCUCUCUGCCCAGGGCUCUCUGAGAAGGACUGUAUGUGCAGUACCAGCAUGAAGAAUGGACCUUCGUCUAGUCCUAGCUCCAGCUCCUAUCUGCACAUCUGGGUGCUGUCGUUAUUGCGGCCACUGAGACCACGAAGGUAUUUAGUGCACACUGGAGGACAGCACUGAGACUGUACAGGAAAGUGUCAAGGCUGCAGAUUUACCUUCUUCCCCCUGCUAAAAAUAAAAAAAAAAAAAAAAAAAAAAACUCUGGGAAGAUGCUUUCUCAGGCGUCUGCUAAACAAGCCUUUGCACAGUGGUGUAUAAUUUGACACCACAUGAUUAAGAAGAAAUUAAGUGCCACUGAAUGCUGUUUUAAGAGGCUCUGCAAGGACAUUCCAACUGCAGCAAUAUUUCAGUAGUUCCAUCUGUAUUUACUCUCAGCACACUGGCGAUAGGACUGAAACCUAUUAACACUCGUGAAGUUCCGUGUUUGAGAUCUUUCAUUUGAAAAUAUAAAUGCAAUGCCAGGCAAAGUAGAAGUUGAAAAGGUUAUCCUUUAUCUUCUCAAACCAAUGGCAAAAAAAUCCUAAUCUAAUUUAGUUUGCAUGACUGUAUCAUAUUUUUUGGCCUCCCUAGAAAAUGACUGUUCCUCGUUUUUCUCCAGCUGUAAGUAAUAUGACUUAAAUAGCUCAGUGAAGCAGCUCUAUUAUUUACUGGUCAAAAAACAUUACAAAUGAUUGAAGGGUUUUUAUGAAAGAGGUGGCUGAGAAUUGUUCUCAUUUGCUUCCAAUUGAAAGUUUAAUGCUUGUGGCAUAUUGGAGGGGCAGUGUAAAUCCAUAGGCGGACAGAAAAUCUGAAAAAUUAUAAUUUUUUUAUGGUUUACAUUUUUCUGUUUUUUCUCAGGUUUGCAAGUAUUUAGUGUAUUUAAAACAUGAGUUUUUCAGAAGUGAUUUUUGGAUGCCAGGUUUGAGGUGCUUCUUAAAUGGUAUUGAUUUUUAGACAUCGCUUACUGGCCUGAUUGAAACCAAGCCUGUUGGAGCAGGCCUAAACCAUGCAAUGGAGGACGAAACAGGGACAUCCAGAAGGUCUCCAGAACCACAGUUUGUUGUUAGCAACGUACUUCAGCCACCCCGGUUCCCCUCAUGCAAAGGGGAGAGGACUGCAGACCAUAAACCUUUUGAGAUUCAAGAUAAUAUCUUUGCAUGACACCUUGGAAAACCUUAAGCCAUGUUUCACAUUUUCCCCUAAUGAAAGCCGGGAGAGCCUUGUGAGAGAUUUGAUUGAAAAAGUCAGUUUGAAGCUGGGUCAGUUAACCUCAUACAUUGCAGUUAGAACUGAACUUAUUAAAAGUUAUGUAGGACCUUGUUUAAAAUAUUUCAUGUGAAAGACAAGUGCAAUUCUGAGUAAUACAGAAGACAUAACACUGAUGAAGACUACUUGUGAUCCCUCCUCCCAGCUUUUGUCAGUUUUUACCCCAUUUCCCUGUGUCAGAUACUGAGUUUCCCACUCUCACUCCCUGAUCAAGUGAAGUUGUUCAAAUACCAGGUUUACCUUUACAUGUUCUUUAAUCUUACUUGCUAAAAUGAGUCACGAACACACUGUUUGACUAGGGGCCUAUUGUUAAGAUGAACUGCCAGGAGAGAAAUACUGAAAUUGUCUAUGCUGGAUGUUCUGCAUCCCAGAAUCCCGCUGGCUAGAGCAGGCUCAGAGCUGAAUUCAGACCAGGUCAUCUGGGGCUUUUUCUGGUUGAGUCUUGAAAGCCUCCAAGGAUGGAGAUUUCACAACCUGAUCUAAAAGCCCUCAUGAAACCUGCUUUCUAAAUGCAGUCUGUGCUGGAGCAGUAGGAAAUAAAUCCCUUGUUCUCUUUCAAUUAUGGUAUUGCCAGGUGUUAUCUGAAACAAUACUAUGGGAAAAAAGAAAAGAUAUCUAGCAUUAUUUAAAAAUUGACAGUAUCACCUUAAAAUUAUUAUUUUCUAAAUGUUUUAUAUGAGUGCUGUGGAACUGUAACACAUGCACAUACUCCUCCAGCUGUACAGUAAAAUUUAUGAACCUCACACUUCUGGCACCACUGGUAUCACUGUAAGGACAAUGGUUUUGCAUGAACAGUAUUUGUAUUGUGAUAUGCUGUGGUUCUAUUAUAAUGAAAAGGGCUAGAAGACAGAGUUGCUUUAAAAAAAAAAAAAAAACAGCAAAAACUUUUAUUUUAACUUCAUCUUUUUAUUUUUAAGCAAAUAAGAUCGUACAUACAUAUGCUUUUUAAAUAUUCCUAAAGGAUAUAUUUUUUACUGUCUGCAGCUUUAUCUUUAAGGGAAAUUAAUUGCUAAAAGCUGUACUUCUUGGACAAGACCUUUUGAUUGCAGAGGAAGUUGAGAAUCUAUCUUGAAGUUGCUUUCCUUUUCUUUAUCAUGCUGUCCACCAGUGAAACUCAAGCCUGUGCAGUUGACUUUUUUCAGACAUAAUGAAUUCAAAUUAGCUUUUUUCAUUUUUGCUGUCUUUUGUCAAAUCAGCUGUUGGCUCCUACCACUCCGUCACUUAGCUCAGUUAUUUCACUCCUGUUCCUAACUGCAUUAUUCACAAAGUCAGCCACAGUUGGCUGAGCAUAUUAUGAAAAAUUUUUGUGAUCAUAUGAAGUUCCUCAGCUGCAAGUGAUGACUCUUCUGAAUCUCAUCGAUAAGCCUUUUCAUCACUUUUAACAUCAAAGUCUCCUCUGCUUCUUUCUGCUCUAAACUGCUCAACUAAUUUUUUUGCCUCCAUAGCUCUGUUUUGUCUCCAUUUUUUGUUGCUUCUUCCCCUAUUUUAUCUUCUCCAUUAUCUCUUUUCUAAUCUCUAGCCUUCCCCAUAUUAAUUGUAAGAACGGUUCAUGCAUACUCAGGAACAGAAGAGUGAUCAUCCUUGGGCAGAUGGAAGGUCUGUGUCUCAUCCUGUCUCGUCUCUGACAAUAGCCAAAGUUCUGCUUCCCUUGUCAGAAAAAAAAAAAAAAAAAAAAAAUCCCCAACUUCCUUUUCUGAUUAUUUCUUCUAUCAGUUAAGUUAAAGACCCCUUCAACAUGCUACUCAGAGCAACUACCUGAAGCUCAUCUCUUUGACCCCACUCUUUCUUUUAGGAAAUCUCAUCACAGGAUCCCUGAUGGUGAAGUCUUGGGUUGCGCUCUGUCCUCCCCAGAAGCAUCAGAGCCCAACCCUCCAGAAAUGCGUCAUUCUUUGAGUUGAGCUACAAGAGGGACCCUUGGUGGUUGCAAAACUCUGUGACCCUGUGAUAACAAACCACUUUGAAUGGAAACUUUAGGUUCAUGUUUUUGACGAGCAAAUAUAAACAAAGAAGGUCCUUUUAGGAAUGACAUGAACUGAAUUAAAUGUCCCCCUUUUUAAGGGCUGCAAACUCAAAUCCUGCCCUUACGAUGCACUAUUGCAUUUUUUUUUUUUUUUUCUCUGAGUGACCCAGCUGGAGUCUUGCCUUUUCCUCACUAGUCUGCCAAGGAGCCUUUGUGCUGAAUCACUGACUAUUUCUACUGUAAUUGGCUUGGACUUCUAGGGUGAGGGGUGUUCUGAAUACUUCUUUUUUGCCCGCUAAUUGUUUUCUAUGCCUCAUGGGGCAUUUUCUCGAGAUUUUUAGUGCUCCUGUAAUAUUUAAUUUGGAGCUGGAUGUGUAACAAAAUGAAAAUUGUUUCAAUUUGAUUAAUUUCUUACAUGUUGCUUGUCAGUUGAAGGAAAUUUUGAGCAGUUUUCCUUCUUGCUGAGAAGUAAGUUUUAGACUGUCUUAAGACUUCCUGUAGGUAACCAAAUGUCAAAAAAAUCCUCAACCAUUUUUCCUCACAGUUAUUUCAGCCAAGAUUUGUGUUUAUCCCUUUAUUGGUCCUUUUAGAAUAAACAUGAAAUAAUGGAGUAGUUGUGCUUACACUGCCCUAUUCCCCACUUCCCAGGCAAAUCAAGGGUGUCUCUCAGCAGCAGAAGGAUGAGGUGGAGUUGUGAUUGCAGCCAUUAUGUGGGGGAGCAGGAAGGUGAUAGGAACCAGUGUGCUGGCUUUUUCAUUAAGAGCUGUAUUCCAGCCGUAUUGCUCUUUCUGCAGCAAAAAUCAGAAUUUUUCACAGAUGGAUCAGUGCUAUAGUAAACUUUGCAUUGAGGAAUCGUUUCCACAAAGGUAUUUGAUAUCACUGUAGGGAUGUGUGUGUGUGUGUGCACUAACACACUUGCCAACCAAAACUCCAGCAGCCAAAGGAUGGGGUCAAUUUAGAGAAGGGAGGCAGAGAUGCAGGCCUAGCUGAGUAAGACAGUCACAUAAACGUGUUUGUUCUUAUGGGUAUGGAAAAACAUUCUGCUAGAUGGAAUGGUGGGUAUCGCCCAUAUUUUGGGGAGAGGAGGACUAAGAACAGAAAAUAUCAGAAGCCUUUCUGACCUCCCUGGCUCAUCAACUCUGAAAAAGGAAUCAAUGUGUGAUAUGCUACAGAAUAAAAGCAAAUUUUGGACAGAGAUGAGCAUAAAAAGUAGCACUAAAAUGCCCACUGUGGUGGGGUUAGAAAAAAACAAGACUCCCUUGGUCUCAAGUCCCAUCCAGGCUUGACCACAGUCCUCUCACCACUUGUACGGCCCUUAAACUCUAGGACACCUUCUUCUUAGUCAAGUUUCACAUGUUUCCUUAGGAGCGUAUCUUGUGGAUGUCAACCUGAGAACAUCCAAUUGCUUCAAAGUGUAUUUCCUUGAGAACAACUCACAUGUAAAAAAAGAAAAAAAAAAAGCAAGUGUUGUCUGAUAAAGGAAAUCCUUCACUAUUCAUAAAAUAUUUGGGUUAUUUGAGAAAAGAGGAAAUUGCUAAGGAUUAGGUUUACAGCACAUGAGCAUGUCUCAGAAGUGCUACUCUGUAAAGCUUGUCAAGGAAAAAAAAAAAGAAAAUAAAUCCCAGUAGGCUUCCAGAGUUUUGCAUCCUGUAGUUUAUUACAUUUGUCAGUAAAAGCAGCAAGGAUUAUGGAAGUAGAUUUAUUAAUUUUAUGAAAUCCUGGCACAAAGGAUUGGUGGCCCUCUGAUAGAAAAUGAAGUGGAAAUAUUUUGCAAAAGACAGACAUUGUGUACUUGCAGUGAAAAGUUAUUAUUGCAGCAAACCUGUUGCAAAUAAAUCGCUGUAGCAAAUCCCUUGGAAGUUACUUGCCUUAAAGUCGAAGGGAUUAUGUUUUAUGUCUCCUUGUGUAAAGGAAGAUCCUUGGUUUCAAUGGGUGUUCAAAUUCCUCGGGGCAGUAUACAGAAUUAGAACAGCUAAUCAUAACCAGUUUGGAAAAGUUUCCUGUUGGUAUUUUAGCAUUUGUUAUUAAUGCCUUAAAGGCACACUCUCAGCUAAAAUGAAGGUUCAUUUUCUUUACUUUCAGUAUCUUACCCUUUGUACAAGGUAUCCUUUGGAAGGCUUUAAAAUAUUUGAUACUUUUCAGGAUCUAUCAUCUGUACGUUUUUCACCUCAAGACAGAGUCCAUCAUAUAUGACAGACAAAAAUACCACCAUUGAGAUCUGAAUUGCUAAAAGCCUUUUCUCAAAGCUCUUAAGUCAUACUCAUUGGACAGCAGUUGUAAGCCGCUUGCAUAAAAUCUCUGCAAAGACUGUUCUGUUCUAGUAGGUGGGCAGUAGUCAGAGAUAACAGUUUCACUUGUAUCUAAAUAUUUUAGUGCUUUCAGUGGGUAUGAGUAAUAAAGUCCCAUUUUCUCUUAGAAGUGUGUCUCUACAGGAGAAGGUUAAUGCCUUCUAGGCAGUGUCGCAGAAGCUGAAAAGUGGCCUUGCUUUUCUCUUAAAUGAGAAAAGAAGUUAAGUGUCCAUGCUAGUGUUGCAGUGUGCCCUUAGUAGUCAUAACAGUCUAUUUAAUUUUUGUCUCAAGUAGCAAUUACUUUAACUCAUAUGAAAUUAAUAAGUUUGACUUUUCAUUUAUAACAGUGUUCAAAUUUUUUGCAUAAAUUUAAUUGGAAAUUACAGCUCCUAUUUGAUUAAGACACUUCAAUAGGUCUAUUACCAUUGCAUCAAAACAAUAGAUAAAAUCGUAAACCUUAACAUCUUGAGAACCACUUAAGAACUAUUAUCCCUGUUUCACAGGGACGGAGAACAAUUUCCCUAGGGUCACAAUAAAUGAGUUUUCUGCACUGCAGUCCUUGAAUACCUACUCAUCCCUGGGCCAUCCUUUCCUCAUUGCAGAGGAACGAUGACAUGUUCCAGGCGCUGGCCUCUCACUGCCUCUUCCCCUGCUCUCUCUGUCUGGUCUCCACGAGCCUGUUCUGUGCAGCCCAGGGACCUUCACAGCUCACAGAGCCGGCUGGCUGAACACCCCCGCGCUCCGUGAGCUGGGCUGUCAUUGCCCUUUGCUUUCCUCUGCCACAGUUUCUUCUGGAAAGAAAAUAGGAUGGAUCAGUGGGAAGGAGACAAUGCCAUGCCCAGCCAGGUUUCUGACUGGGGACACUAACGAGAUUAGGACUGAGUGGGGCACACACCACAAAGGGAACAUGUCUUAUAUCUGUUGCAUCCAGGCAUGUGUUGUAGAAAAAGUUUAGUGUCAUUGUUCUGAAGAAAUUUUAAUAGUCGUAGCGGUAACAACACUGUAGCUGCUGCUCUGCAACUUGAGUGCUCCAUGCAAGUGGUACCUAGGUCUUCAUAAUAUCCUAAGGGUUAAGUCAGCAAAUAGCACUAUCACUGUAUUACAGCUGAAGAGACUGGGUCAUUUCAGCACACGCUGAAAUGAUUUAGCGGAUCACAACCACACAGAGUAACUAUGUAAAGCUGUAUAGCGAGUUAGUGACAGUGCUAGAAUCUUAUGACUCUGUGUCCGGUGGUUGUUCCACAUCAGAUUUGUACUGGAAAUGUCAAAGAUGUCAUUUCAUAACAGUCAGGCUUUUUUUUUUUUUAGAAGGAAGCAACCUGAAACCAUGUGCCUUCUUUUGUUAAUAAUACUCUCCAUGUGGAUAGUAAGCAUCUGAAAACCUCAGUGUCUUACUAAUGAAAGUGACUGUAUAUGUGCUGUGUAAGCGUUUAUGUAUCUAUAUAUCUUGUAACCAUCCCAUUGUAUGAAUGCAAGUAUGUAUGCAUCUUUAUAAUAUCAGUACAUCUGUAUGUAUAAAUAGGAUGCUUAUCCACAUGUAAGCAAUUGAAAUAGAAAUCUAGAUGUUCUGGUAUGGAAUUUAUUUCUUCUCCAAACACUGAGUUUAGACCACUAAUGAAUGUGAAAUACAGUUAUACUGGAAGUGUGAGACUAAGAACUGAUACUGAAUUCAUCACAUCAGAAACACUGUUUUUUACAAGUACUUAUGCAAAGUGUGUUACAAUUCUGUAGGGUUUUUCUUUGGUUUUUCCUCUUCUUUAACAAUUCUAAAGAGCAUGUUACUAUAUCACAGACAGUAUUUGAUUUGCACUUAAGGGAAAUAUCACACCUUGUAGUUCAGUCUUCUAAUAAACCUCAGACCUCCUCAGUUUCUAUCACUUAAUUUAAAAUUUCCCAAUCUUGGAAGAAAGCUGCUUUCAAUGUAUUUCCAUUUCUAUGCUACAGUGCUGUAGUGCAGUCAUAGAAUUUUUCCACAUGAUCAUAGCACUGUUAUUACUAUUGAUAUUGACAUAUCUGGAUCAGGAUUCAGAUGUGGAUGAAUAUAAGCAGUUCUUCUAAAAACUUUGUAGCAUUUUCUUCCUUUAUUUUCCCACAUUCACAGUUGCUCUCUCCUUUCUCCCUUCUUUUUACUUCCUUUCUUAAGAGCUUUCCUCUAACAAUAGUUUCUCCCUGAAAGGUUAUUGUUAACUCGGUGUUAUCUUGUAAUGAAAAUAGCACAUUAUUUGUGUAUCCUCAUUGUGAUUUUUAUCCAGAAAUAACAACAGAAAGAAUUUUAAGCGAUCAGUGGUUUACUUUCCCUAAGUUACAGUUUGUGGCCAUUGACGAAGGGACCUGAUUUCUGAAAUGCUCAGAAAAAUCUUAAAGAUGGCCCAGGUUCACCAAAACACAUUGAUUCCUAAAUCCUUUUUACAAUCCUUUACAUUGAUUUUACACUAUGCUUAAAGGAUUAAAUACUUGUUGAAUCUGGUCCUAGAUCUUUUAUUUGAAAGCAGCGCUAUUUAUGGUCUUUUAAUUAAAUGUGGUGGAUAGUGAGAGUCAAAGCUUAAUUUAAAAACUGGGAUCUGAAUCCUAUUAUAAACUGUUCAAGUUGUAAAAUAUACCUUAGUAUGAAUGGGAAUAAGGAAAUCAUCCACUGCUUUAAUUAAAACUAAUGAGAAAUAACAUGGUUUUCCUUUCUGUCUUUCUCACUCUAAAAACAUCCAGUGUGAGCAACUUCUGUGAAACUUGUGGGUUUGCUUAUACACAGAUGUAAGGAUUAUUUGCGUGCAGGAUUAUUCAACAGCAGUUUCCGCAUGUCACGGAAAGCACACCAUAUAAAGCAGAGGUGUGUUCUCCAUGUACGCUCUCUCUGUAAACCAAGCAGGACAUAAUUAUUUUAAUAGAAUUUGCACUGACAUUGUAUAACAUUUUCAAAAGGAUUCAGAAGGCUUUACAAAAGAGGACAGCUACAGCACAAAAAUACUAAUUAAGAUUAACUUUUCAAAGUUGAUAAGUGAUUUUAUUUACCCAUCUGAAGAUGCAUUCUAGACUGAACUUCAGAGAGUGCACUUUCUUUAAAUUAGGACUACCACAAGCAGCUCAGAUCCAAAAGUAAAAGCAUCAUGAGUUCCUACUCAGUCAUUUGUGGAAACUGUGGCCUUAUUUCUCUCUAGUCAUAUUAUGAGUCAAAACUGGUUGGGAAUAGAGAUGGAGGGGAAGCAUAUGCUCACCUGGAUUAGCUUGUCCUAGUGCCGUACUUAAGUAGCUGAGAGUCCAUUCCUUUUGAUUGACCUAAGAGAAUGAAUACAGAUGCUGCGGUCAUGUCUUUCCUCCGAGUCACCCAAAAGAAACAGCCUUUGGAUUUCUCUGAUGAAAGAGGUUGUUUCUCAUAUCCAAUACAGAAGUCUGUGGUACCCUAAGAUUGCUGUUGCAUGUACGUAAAUGACAUAGUUCCACUGAAAGUUCUAAAUAACGUAAAAAUAAAUAAGUCCACCCUAA